GAAUUGGGGUUUGUACAUUGACAACGACCUUAAAGAUUUUAUUCCUAAAAAAAAAAGCAAAGAGACAUGAAACAAAAGAUGCAAGAUGAGGAGGCCGUAGACUCUUCAGACAGCAUGAAUGUUACCGACAUAGUUUUGCAGUCAUCAUCUCCCAAACUCUCACAGAAGCAAGACUACAUCUUCCACGGAGGGAGACGGCAUGUGAGACCGUACUACUUCGAGUUCAUCUCUCAUGUGAAUAAACGGUGGACUGGAAAAACAAUUGUUGAUUUGUUCGCAGAUGAGUUCAAAGGCAGACCUCGUGACUACUAUGUUGGUGCUGUUAAAAGUGGAAGAAUCAAAGUUGAUGGAGAAACUGUACCAGUUUCUUAUAUUGUCAAAUCAUCUCAAAAGAUCACUCAUUUCCUCCACAGGCAUGAACCACCUGUGAUGACUGAUGAUGUAGAGAUUCUUCUUAAAGAACCUGAUGUUGUUACUGUCUGCAAACCAGCUUCUAUCCCUGUGCAUCCGUGUGGUCAAUACCGUAAGAACACGGUUGUUGGAAUCCUUGAUGCUGAGCAUGACCUUGGCCCUCUAUUUCCUAUUCACCGAUUAGACCGUUUGGUUUCUGGAUUGCUCAUCAUAGCAAGGACUGCUGCAAAGGCUGAUUUUUUCAGGCAACAGAUAGAGGGUGGAUUGGUGAAGAAACGCUAUAUUGCAAAGGUUGUUGGCGUGUUUCCAGAAGAGGAGAAAGUAGUGGACGCCAAUAUAAAUUAUAAUGGCAGCCAAGGAAGAAGCACAGCAGAGGACGCCAGUUCGAGUGGUGAUGAUAAUAAGGUGAAAGGGAAGCCUGCGUGCACCAAGUUCACUAGAAUCGAUACAAAUGGGACUCAUAGCCUCGUUUUGUGUGAACCAGUUACAGGGCGAACUCAUCAAAUAAGAGUGCAUCUACAAUAUACAGGGCAUCCCAUAGCGAAUGACCCGCUUUAUCUAACUCAACACGUGGAUGAUCUAGAGACCAAGAUUGCCAAAAGAAUUGAUGCGGGUGAGAGAAAGCUUGUCUCCCCAGAAGACUAUGUGUAUUCCAGUGAAGAUUUCAGCAUCGAUCCAAUGUGCACAAACUGCCCAAAGCUGAUCCCACAAGGGUACGAGGAGCAUGAUGAGGCUCUUUGGUUGCAUUGCGUUCGUUACUCUGGAACCGGAUGGGAAUACGAGUGUCCUUAUCCAUCUUGGGCUUCCCUUUAACCAUUUUUACAUUGCCAUUUUCUUAGACAAGAAACUGUAAUUCUUAUUAGUUAUUACCAACAGUUGUAGCAACUCACUUGUUUAAGGGUUGUACUGUUAUAAUCUGAUCAAGUUGAUUUGUUGGAUUCAAAAAUUCUUUCUCAUCUCACUCGCCCAUACUUUAUGAAAUGAACUUUGUGCCA